GGGGGUGGGGGUUGGGGGGCCGGAGCCAUCGGUCCUCCCGCUGCCCCGGGAGCCUCGGGGCGCGGCGUGGGCAUGGCUCGCCCGGGGUGGGGGUUGCUGUGGCUGCUGCUGGGCAGCGCCGGCGCGCAGUACGAGAAGUACAGCUUCCGAGGCUUCCCGCCGGAGGACCUGAUGCCCCUGGCCACGGCCUACGGCCACGCUCUGGAGCAGUACGAGGGCGAGAGCUGGCGCGAGAGCGCGCGCUACCUGGAGGCGGCGCUGCGGCUGCACCGGCUGCUGCGCGACAGCGAGGCCUUCUGCCACGCCAACUGCAGCGGCCCCGCCGCCGCCGCCACCUCGCAGCCCCGGCCCGCGCCCGGCCCGGACGAUGAUCGCGGCGGCGGCGGCGACGGCGAGGACUGGGCGCGCGAGCUGCGGCUCUUCGGCCACGUCCUGGAGCGCGCCGCCUGCCUGCGGCGCUGCAAGCGGACGCUGCCCGCCUUCCAGGUCCCCUACCCGCCGCGGCAGCUGCUGCGCGACUUCCAGAGCCGCCUGCCCUACCAGUACCUGCACUACGCGCACUUCAAGGCGAACCGACUGGAGAAGGCGGUGGCCGCGGCCUACACCUUCCUCCAGAGGAACCCCAAGCACGAGCUGACCGCCAAGUAUCUCAGCUACUACAGGGGGAUGCUGGAUAUCGGAGAUGAGUCCCUUACGGACCUAGAGGCCCAGCCCUAUGAGGCUGUGUUCCUCCGGGCUGUGAAACUCUACAACAGCGGGGACUUCCGCAGCAGCACAGAAGACAUGGAGCGGGCCCUGGCUGAGUACAUGCUGGUCUUCGCUCGGUGUCUAGCUGGCUGUGAGGGGGCCCAUGAGCAGGUAGACUUCAAGGACUUCUACCCAGCCAUAGCAGAUCUCUUUGCAGAGUCCCUCCAGUGCAAGGUGGACUGCGAAACCAACCUCACCCCCAACGUUGGUGGCUACUUCGUGGAGAAGUUUGUGGCCACCAUGUAUCACUACCUGCAGUUUGCCUACUACAAAUUGAACGACGUGCGCCAGGCUGCCCGCAGCGCUGCUAGCUACAUGCUCUUUGACCCCAAGGACGGUGUCAUGCAGCAGAACCUGGUGUAUUACCGCUUCCAUCGGGCUCGCUGGGGGCUUGAAGAAGAGGAUUUCCAGCCCCGGGAGGAGGCCAUGCUCUACCACAACCAGACCUCUGAGCUUCGGGAGUUGCUGGACUUCACACACAUGUACCUUCAGUCAGAUGAUGAGAUGGAGCUGGAAGAGACAGAAUCGCCCCCAGAUGAACCAGGGGAGGCAGAAGAACCCCCGUCCGAUGCUGAGUUUGAAGGGGAGGGAGACUAUGAAGAGGGUCUCUAUGCCGACUGGUGGCAGGAACCAGAUGCCAAGGGCGAUGAGGCUGAGGCUGAACCAGAGCCUGAACUGGCAUAAAAGUGGUGACACACGCCUUUAGUCCCAGCACUCGGGAGGCAGAGGCAGGUGGAUCUCUGAAUUUGAGGCCAGCCUGGUCUACAGAGUGAGUUCCAGGACAGCCAGGACUGUUAUACAGAGAGAUCCUGUCUCGAAAAACCAAAAAGAAAAAAAAAAGAGAGGGGUAACCCUAGUGCACCCCUCAAACUCAGGAUACUGGGCCAGGAGCAAGAACUAUUUAUUAAAACUUAAAAUGGCGGGGUAUGGCGGUGCACGCCAUUGACACCAGCACCCAGGGGAGGCAGAAGCAGUCAGAUCUCAGUUCCGGGCCAGCCUGGCCUACGAAUCCAGGCCAGCUGAGGCUACCUAGUGAGAUCGUGUUUCAAAACAAACACAGCUGAGUGUGGUGGCGCAGGCCUUUAAUCCCAGCACUUGAGAUGCAGAGGCGGGCAGAUCUCUGAGUUCGAGGCCAGCCUGGCCCACAUAGUGAGUUCCAGGGGCCAGUCGAAGCUACAUAGUGAGAACCUGUCUCAAAAUGAAACAAGAAGAAAAACGUUAAAAGGGACACAGUUGGCCCAGACUCCACCCUGCCUCUCUGUGUCCUUGAACCGCAGAAGGGUGACCCUGUGGCUGGUUGGCAGGUGAGCUGUUGGGGGUCCCUCCUCCCCCUUUCGGCUCCCCUAAGGUGGACAUCCUCCUGAGGAAGUUGUCAGCUUCUGGCUUGCGUCUCACAGGACCAAGGCCAGCCAGGUGACAGUUCUGUCUGAGCUGCAGAGGGGUUUGUGAAGAACACGGGGCUUGGAGUUCUGGUGCUCAAUAAACGUUUAUUGUUGAAUGAA